AGCGGAAGUAGUUAACCUGCUAUUUCCACUAAAUACGCCAUAGCUACUUGGCUGGUAGCACAGCUCAGAUCACCGCUGUUCUGGUCAAGAAGGCCAAAUAGCGAAAGUCAUGUUGCGCCUGCCAAACGUCGGCCGGGCUUUAGCCGGAGCUGCCAAGAGCAGCCUGGCUCCCUCCAACACGGUGCGUACUCCAGUGCGUGCUGCCAGCAACAUGGUUGAGGUGUUUAUAGACGGGAAACCACUGGAGGUGCAGACUGGAACUACUGUUCUGCAGGCCUGUGAGAUGGCAGGAAUCCAGAUCCCCAGGUUCUGCUACCAUGAGCGGCUCUCGGUGGCGGGAAACUGUCGCAUGUGUCUGGUGGAGAUUGAGAAAGUUCAAAAGCCGGUAGCAGCCUGUGCCAUGCCCGUCAUGAAGGGCUGGAACAUCCUCACCAACUCAGAGAAGACACGUAAGGCCAGAGAGGGAGUGAUGGAGUUCCUGUUGGCCAACCACCCGCUGGACUGUCCCAUUUGUGAUCAGGGAGGAGAGUGUGACCUACAGGAUCAGUCCAUGCAGUUCGGUUCAGACCGCAGUCGUUUCACAGAAGGGAAGAGAGCCGUGGAGGACAAGAACAUCGGGCCGCUCAUCAAAACCAUCAUGACCCGCUGCAUCCAGUGCACACGCUGCGUCCGGUUUGCCAGUGAGAUCGCAGGUGUUGAAGACCUGGGAACAACAGGAAGAGGAAACAACCUGCAGAUCGGGAUGUACGUGGAGAAGAUGUUCAUGUCCGAGCUGUCGGGCAACAUUAUCGAUAUCUGUCCCGUCGGCGCGCUCACCUCCAAGCCCUACGCUUUCACCGCACGACCAUGGGAGACUAGAAAAACCGAGACCAUUGAUGUGAUGGAUGCUGUGGGCAGCAACAUCCUGGUGAGCACAAGAGGAGGGGAGGUGAUGAGGGUGUUGCCCAGGCUGAAUGAAGAGAUCAACGAAGAAUGGAUCUCUGACAAGACCAGGUUUGCAUAUGAUGGUUUGAAGAGACAGAGGUUGACCCAACCAAUGGUGAAGGAUGCUUCCGGUCAGCUGACCCCGACCACCUGGGAGGACGCUCUUUCUCGUGUUGCUGGAGCACUGCAGAACGUGCAGGGCAGUGAGGUGGCGGCCAUCGCCGGAGGGUUGGCCGACGCCGAAGCUCUGGUGUCCCUCAAAGACCUCCUGAACAGACUCGACUCCGAAAACCUCUGCACCGAGGAGGUCUUCCCCAUGUCGGGGUCCGGCACUGACCUGCGCUCCAACUACCUGUUGAACACUCGCAUCGCCGGCAUCGAGGACUGCGACCUGCUGCUGCUCGUGGGAACCAACCCGCGCUACGAAGCCCCGCUGUUCAACGCCCGCAUCCGCAAGUGUUGGCUCCACAAUGAGCUGCGUGUUGCCCUGGUGGGUCGCGAUGUGGAUCUGAGUUUCUCCUACGACCACCUGGGGGAGGAGACCUCGGUGCUGAAGGAGCUGGCGGACGGCACACACCCCUUCUGCCAGGUCCUGUCGGCCGCCAAGCGCCCGGUCGUGGUCGUCGGUAGCAGCGCUCUGCAGAGAGACGACGGAGCCGCCAUCUUGAGCGCCGUCUCCAACAUCGCCCAGAACGCCAGAACCAGCAGCGGCGUGGAAGAGGGGUGGAAGGUCCUCAACGUCCUGCACAGAGUGGCCAGUCAGGUGGCUGCGUUGGACCUGGGCUACAAGGCGGGAGUGGACGCCAUCCGGGCAAAUCCUCCCAAAGUGCUGUUCCUGCUGGGAGCCGACGCCGGCUGCAUCACCCGCGCCGACCUGCCCAAAGACAGCCUCAUCGUCUACCAGGGUCACCACGGUGACGUAGGGGCACCGAUGGCCGACGUCAUCCUUCCCAGCGCUGCGUACACGGAGAAAAACGCCACGUACGUCAACACCGAAGGCCGGAGCCAGCAGACCCGCAUUGCCGUCACCGCGCCGGGGAUGGCCCGAGAGGACUGGAAGAUCAUCCGGGCCGUGUCCGAGCUGGCCGGCAUGACGCUGCCCUACGACUCUCUGGACGAGGUCCGAUCCAGACUCGCCGAGGUCUCUCCCAAUCUGGUCCGCUACGACGACGUCGAGGAGGCCAACUACUUCAAGCAGGCCAACGAACUGGCCCAGGCGGUGGGCCACGAGCUCGGAGCGACCCCUCUGGUGCCGCCUCAGCUCACGGCGAAGGACUUCUACAUGACAGACUCAAUCAGCCGGGCCUCCCAGACGAUGGCCAAAUGCGUCAAAGCCGUGACGGAAGGAGCCGCCGCCGUCGACGAGCCGUCAGUUUGCUGAGCAGCCAAUGAGUGGCCGUCACAUCUGGAACAACUGCCCCCCCCCCCCCCCCCCUCGCUCAACACGCACUUCUCGAACAAACUCGGUGUGUUGCUCCUUAAUUUAAAGUUGUCCUUGAUGCUUGUACCAUAACGUUCAUUUGUUUUCUCUCCCGUGAACAAGCUUUGUUGAAAGAAAAAAAAUUAUGAAAUAUGAAUAAAACCUGACGAAUGUC